UGGGAUUGCUCAGUAGCCCUCCGAAUGCGCAGGCGCAGCGCACCGAGUGGACAUUUUGGUCUUUGUCUGCUGGUCAGUCGGUCCGUGGGUCCACGUGGCGCGAAAGUUGGAGGUCCCCAUUCUUGUGCAUCCCUGGAAAUUGCACCUUCCUCAUCCUUCAGAAAGCCCUGAGGCCUUAGGGCUCAGACUGAGUUCUAGAAUGGUAUUUUGGUCCAGCAUUAAUAUUCUAGUGGUAUGUCAUUUCCCCAUUAGCAGGUUAUAAGCUGACCAAGCUGAACGUGAACCUCUGUUGGAGCAAAAAGACAAACUGGAUGGUGGAGAAAGGAGUGAAAAGGAAAUUUUUCCAGAAGACACCUGAGAAGAUGAUGAGCAGAUAGAGAGGCAGCAAGACUUGGGAGGCAAGUUACAUCUGUCUUCAAUGAGGUACAGACCAAAGGAAAAAAUCAUUGAAUAUAAUAAGGAAAUUGGAAAAAUACUUCCUUGAUCUCAGACUGCAUAUCUGUUAAAGCAACACCCUUUUCAACUUACUUUGGAAGAGUUUGAAACACAAUUUAGACUUAAUCUUGAGGGAUGUUGUAUAGGAACAAAAUCAUCAGUUGUGUUAAUUUGGAAAUCCUGACACAGGUUAUUGCUUAUGGUAAUAAGUGUAAAUCUGUGGAAAUGCCUUCAGUUUAAAAAGUUUGAACCCCAUCUGAUACCAGAAUAUUCAUACCGUGUGAAGUUACUGAUGUGGGAAAACUUGUACUUAUGUGUCACACCUUAUGAAAUGUAGAAAUCAGGCUAGAGAGAAACCCUUUGCUUCUAAGGAAUAUUAAAAAGCCUUUAGCUACUUGACAUACAUCAUUGAGUAGAAGAAAAUUGAUACUGGAGAAAAACCAGUGAAUGUAACAAAACUUUAUUGAGUUCUAGAAAAUUUAUACUUGAAGAAAAAGCUUUGAACCCGGUAUGAUAAAGUUGUAUCUCAAACCUAUCUCUUCCUUUACAUUUAAAAGAUCAUAAACAGAUAAUCUCUACAAAUGUAGGAAAUGUGGAAAUACCUUCAGUCAGAAGUAAAGUCUCAUUCACCAAAAAAUUCAUACUGGAGAGAAACCUUGUGAAUGUGGGAAAGCUUCCAUUCAGAUGUCACGCCUCAGUCAGCAGAGAAUUUGUAGUGGGGAAAACCCCUUUGCCUGUAAAGUAUGUGGGAAAGUCUUCAGCCACAAAUCAAAUCUCACUGAGCAUGAGCAUUUUCAUAAUAGAGAGAAACCUUUUGAAUGUAAUGAAUGUGGAAAAGCCUUCAGCCAAAAGCAGUAUGUCAUUAAACAUCAGAACACGCAUACUGGAGAAAAGCUUUUUGAAUGUAAUGAAUGUGGAAAAUCCUUCAGCCAGAAGGAAAACCUUCUUACCCAUCAGAAAAUUCACACUGGAGAGAAGCCUUUUGAGUGUAAAGAUUGUGGAAAAGCUUUCAUUCAGAAGUCAAACCUCAUUAGACACCAGAGAACUCACACAGGAGAGAAGCCCUUUGUAUGUAAGGAGUGUGGGAAAACCUUCAGUGGCAAGUCAAACCUUACUGAGCAUGAGAAAAUUCAUAUUGGAGAGAAACCCUUUAAAUGCAGUGAAUGUGGAACAGCUUUUGGCCAGAAGAAGUACCUCAUAAAACAUCAGAACAUUCACACUGGAGAGAAACCCUAUGAAUGUAAUGAAUGUGGAAAAGCCUUCUCUCAACGAACAUCACUUAUUGUACAUGUGAGAAUUCAUUCAGGCGAUAAACCUUAUGAAUGCAAUGUAUGUGGGAAAGCCUUCUCUCAAAGUUCAUCUCUCACUGUGCAUGCAAGAAGCCAUACAGGUGAGAAGCCCUAUGGAUGUAAUGAAUGUGGGAAAGCCUUCUCUCAAUUCUCAACUCUUGCUCUGCAUUUGAGAAUUCACACAGGUAAGAAGCCUUAUCAAUGUAGUGAAUGUGGGAAAGCUUUUAGCCAGAAGUCACAUCACAUUAGACACCAGAAAAUUCAUGCUCAUUAAAAACCCUGUGAAUAUUUGGAAAAUUGGAAAGCAUUUAUCAGGAAUUUAUAUCUCAUAGCACAUAAGAAAUUAUUCUGAAGGAAAACAUCAUAAAUGAGGGAAACAAAAACUGAAAAGUUAUGGGACACCAGAGAAUUUGUACUCAAGAGAAAGACAUUUGUAUUAUAAAAGUCCUGUAACCAAUAAAAUAAUCUGCAGCAAAGAUAAUGCUGAAACUUCAGAUGGAUUUUCACUAAGUUGAAACAUGCUUAUUAUUACUGUCUGCGUAGAUCUGGAGAUCUUCAAUGUAAGAAUAUUAAGUUACAAGCAUUGGAAAGGAAAUUACUUUUAUGAUACUGCUCUAGCCACACAGAAGAGAUUCUGGAAAUACCUAUGCAUUUAUUAGAAUUUAGAAUGGGAGAGAAAUGGCAUCAGGAUGUGAGAAGAUAAUGAGACUUUAAAAAAUGAUUUGGAGAUAAUUUGUUCUCCGAGGAAAAAAGUAGACCAUAAACUAUGCACAAAGUUAAAAAUCCAUGGGGAUUAAAAACAGGAAUAUGAAAAAGUAUAUACUAAAAUGAUUAUGACCUUUGGAGUAGGGAAACAUUCCUUACAAUGAAUUGAAGAAUACAUACCAUUUCUACUCCUGAGUUUGUAUGCUCAGGAAAUAUGUACCAGGCUAUAAUUUACUGUGGCUUGAUUUGUAGUAGCCAUAAAUUGGAAACAACUUAAAUGCCCAUGAGGAGUAAAGUGCAAAGUACUGAAUGAUGGGAUACAUAUCUGUAAAAUGUAACAAAUGAGAUCUACCUACAUGUAUUACAGAGAAAGAUAUCAAAAAUGUUGGGGGAAAUGAAGUUGCAGAAUGACAUAUCUUAAUACCAUGACAUUUUUGUAUAUUUGAAUUAAAAUUUGACUCACAAAGUUCAGUACUAUAUAUUAGUAACAGAUACGUGUGUGUGUGUGUGUGUGUGUGUGUGUGUUGAAAAUGUUUUUGAAAUGGAAGGAUACAGACCAAACUCUUGAUAGUGGUUUCCUGUGAAGAGUUGAAAAGGGAAGGGGAUAAGUGUUGGGGGUGGGGGGUUGGAUUGGGUAUUGGUUAAUGGGGACUUGCUUUUUAUAUGUAAACAUCCAUUUCUCUUAAAAACAAGAGACUGCAAGUAAAUAUAUAUAUCAAAGUACUGGGUAGUUCUGAAUUGUGGUAUAUGGCUAUCUUGUUUUAUUUUUUGUACUUUUCUGUAUUUUUAAAUUUUCUCAAAAAGAAUGGGUUGAGGAUGGGAACAUAACCUAUAGAAAUCAUGUUUGAAUGGAUUUAUUCCCAAAUACUAAACUUUUUAUAGAAAAUAUUUCUAAAAUUCUAUCAAUGAUGAGUGGGUGGACUUGUUCUCUAUGUAGUAUAAAAUUAUCUAUUUUAUUAAAAUUACAAAUAAUAGCAUAAUUCAAGCCUGUUUUUUUUAACAUGUUAUGGUAUACACUAUAUGGUUGGUCUAUACAUUUGUAACUUUUUACCUUUGUAAUAUUUUGCAACAUAUUUAAGCUUAGGAAAUUUUUAGAAGUUUUAGUUAAAUUAAGGAUACACAGACUUCAUAUAACUUGUCAUUUUAGAUAAACUUUCUCAAAUGUCAAAUUUCCUGUCUUUCCAUGGGAACAGAUAUGUAUUAAUAAAUGUCUUUAAUAGUUUUAUUUUAAAGAAGUUCCCUCCAAUGUCCACAAUAUGAGUUAAAUGUUAACACUUGGAUCUCAUUUACAAGACUCUUUUCUCUCUCCCAGUGGUUUGAUACAUAUACCCCUUUGGGUUUUCCUCCCUGCUUUAUUGAGGUGUAGUUGACAAAUAAAAUGUUAAGAUAUUAAAA